AUGACGAUGAUAAGAGGGGCUAGGUGGGAAUCACCCCAGUGUAACGGGGUUCGUUUUGCUGGUGUGUCGAAUGCGGUAAGAUCAUCAUGUUUUGAGGGGGAGAUCGAGCGACCGGACAUCAUGACAUGGAGCCAUGGACUGCGAAAGCCAAGAGCGGGUCGGAACAUGCAAGUCAGGGUCGAUAAUGCAGAACGACGUAGAAAGUUCUUUAAUGUUAAAAAUUUUGACUUUGCCCUUGCUUGA